AUGUUGCUGUACAAGCAGAAGAAGAAUCCGAACAGCGCCAAGGGCAACAGGCUCUUGAUCAGCAUCACUGUGCUCGGCAGCGCCGGCCCGAUCCGCUUCGUUGUCAACGAGGAGGAGCUUGUCGCUGCCGUCAUCGAUACCGCCUUGAAAUCUUAUGCGCGUGAGGGCCGCCUUCCGGUUCUUGGCUCUGAUCUUAAUGACUUCCUGCUCUACUGCCCUAACUCAGGACCUGAUGCUCUGAGUCCGUGGGACACAAUUGGAGCACAAGGAGCUCGUAACUUUAUGCUAUGCAAGAAGCCUCAGCCAGUGAAAAUGGAUAGUGAUGAAAUACCAGCGGCUGCAAUUACUCGCAAGGGUAGUGGGAGUUGGAAGGCAUGGAUCAAUAAGUCCCUCAAUCUCAAGAUCUCCUCCCAUUAA